AUGCUCGGAGCAUCUGAAUUGCCACUACUGAGCUCUGCAGAUCAAUCAAAUGACGAUGGUUUAAAAUCUGGUGACACUGAAGUUCUGAUAAUAUAUGACAUUCCUAAAGGCCCAUCAAAACUGAGAUUACCAACAUACUUGGAAUAUUUUUGUCAUUCAAGUUCUGUCUUUUACAUUAAAAGUUUGUGUGAUGAUCCUGAUACCGAGGAAAUUAAUCUGGCUAGCACAAAUUUAACAUAUCUUCCAGAAGAAAUAUUCAGUGAUCUCGAAUUGCUAACUUCUUUGAGUUUGAGGUCAAAUAAACUGACACAUCUUACGCCUACUAUUUUCAAUCAUUUGAUCAAUCUUAGAUAUUUAAAUCUCAGUGAUAAUAAUUUAACAUCUCUUCCACCAACAAUAUUCAACGCAUUGAAAUCUCUAACUGUAUUUAGCUUCAAACAAACUGACCAUAAUAAUAAUUUAACUUCUCUUCCAAUAAAAUUAUUCAAUGGAUUAAAAGGUUUAACUCACUUGUAUUUACAGUCAAACAAACUAAAAUAUAUAGAGCUUCAAACUUUCAAUGACUUGUCCAAACUUGAAGAAUUAGUUAUCAACAAUAACAGUUUAACAUCUGUCUCACUAGGAGUAUUCAAUGGAUUAGAAUCUCUAAAGUAUUUAAAUUUGUCAUCAAACAAUCUGACAAGAUCAUUCAAUGGAUUGGCAAAAUUACGUUAUUUAGAGUUGUCAUCAAAUAAAUUGACAAGCUUUAAGCCUGGUACUUUUAAUAACUUGUCUGAACUUAAAAAUUUACAUAUUAGUAAUUCAAACAAACUAACUAAUCUUGAGACUGAUACUUUCAAAGACUUAAUUAAUCUUGAACUUUUAGAUAUUAGUAAUAAUGACUUGACACACCUUUCAACUAAUAUUUUCAAUGAAAAUCAAAGACUUGUAUCCUUAUGUUUACAAGCAAACAUUAUGCUUGAUGAAUUAAAGCCUGAAGUUUUCAACAAUUUAACUCAUCUAUGUUUGGUCAAUGUUGAACAUAAUAAAUUUGAACUAACCAAGAACGUCAAAGACCUAAUUUUAAAAAGUAUUAAACAGAAAAACAACAUGUGCAAAACUACAUCUACUUUAUAUGAUAUUAUAAGAGAUGAACCUUGCUCUCAUGAAUAUAUUUAUUAA